CUCAUUUCAGACGCCUAACGAAAAUUUUAAAAAAAUAUCAUACUCUCUCUCUCUUCAAAGACCUUUUUUCCUCAGUCAAUCUGAGCUCUUUUUCCGUUUUACUGUCUGAAGAGGUGGAAAUUUGGAGACUUUGACGGAUAUUUUUGACUGGGUGGAGAUUUCGAAGAUUAGAGGGAAUCUUGAUUUGUGUGGGGAUUUCGAAGAUUGCAAGGAUUCUUGAUUUGGGUCCGGAAUCGAAGGAUUCUGCAAAAAUUGGAUAUUUGGUAAUGAUAAAUGUAUCACCCGAAAGCGGUCUCUAGUACAAGUUUGGUUCACAGCAAUCCAUUAGCUCACAGCCAGCAAUUAGACAGUGGUGCUAAUGCUAUGGCCCAAGGCGGUGGCGGAAACAAUAUCAGCAAUGCUAGUUUAGCCUCACGGCAGCGGCUGCGGUGGACAAAUGAGCUUCAUGAACGUUUUGUGGAUGCUGUGGCCCAACUGGGUGGACCAGACAGAGCUACACCUAAAGGUGUUCUCAGAGUCAUGGGUGUACAAGGUCUGACUAUAUACCAUGUCAAAAGCCACCUACAGAAAUAUCGACUUGCAAAAUACCUUCCCGAUUCUUCAUCUGAUGGGGCAAAGGCCGACAAGAAAGAAUCAGGCGAUUUGUUUUCCAGCUUGGAUGGCACUUCCGGAAUGCAAAUAACGGAAGCGCUGAAGCUGCAGAUGGAGGUGCAGAAACGGCUGCAUGAGCAACUAGAGGUCCAACGGCAGCUGCAGCUCCGGAUAGAAGCUCAAGGUAAGUACCUGAAGAAAAUCAUCGAAGAACAGCAGCGGCGCAGCGGCGUGCUUUCCGAAGCGCCAGGUACCGGGACCCCAGCACCUGCCUCAGGCGACCAGUGCCCGGAAUCUGACACCAAGACCGACCCAUCUACCCCAGCGCCCACCUCGGAGUCCCCUCUCCAAGACAAGCUUGCAAAGGAACGUGUGGCCAAAGGGCCCAACAUGACCCUCUCCCACAAUGAGUCCUCAUCCCACCAUGAACCGCUGACACCCGACUCCGGCUGUCGGGUUGCAUCCCCCGCCGAGAGCCCGAGGGGCGAAUGGCCUGUCAAGAGGCAGCGGAGCACGGGCACACAUUCAAAGCCAGAGAUAGUGCUCACUCACCCAAUACUCGAGUCGAGCUCAAGUUCGGGUUUCCGGCAUCCGUGCUCGAUUUUCCCAAUCGGUGGGCAUUUCGAUUCAUCCCGCACUUCUCUGUCCGACGAAGAUAGGUUCGAAAACAUUUCAGGCAAUGAGAUGUGAUCUGGUUGUAUUCUAGAUAUCUGUACUUUUAUCUUUCUUCAUUUUGAACUGUUGUUCUUCAUAGAACUGUUUGUCAUUUUGGAUUUUAUCAGAUCUGUAGCUGCAAAGGAACUGUAUCUUUAUGAAGUCUUCUUCACCACCUUCA